CCAUCCUCAUUUGCAACGACACAAGAAAAGAAAAAAAGACGACAGAUUUUUAACAAAACCUAGUUCUGCACCGACGACAGAGAAAAGACCAAUAACAGCAGUUGCAGAUCUGCAAAACACAAAAAGACUCAUCGAAAAUGCCAAAGGACAUCAGAAAGAUUUUCAAAGACCCUGUUCAUGGUUACAUUGAGCUGCACCCCCUGCUGGUGAAGAUGAUCGACACUCCUGAGUUUCAAAGACUCAAACACAUCAAACAGCUCGGGACCAAAUAUCUGGUGUUUCCCGGUGCCACUCAUACUCGAUUCGCACACUCCAUUGGGGUGGCGUAUUUAGCUGAAUGUCUCCUCAAGCAUCUACAAGAGAAUCAGCCAGAACUCAACAUUGACGCAAGAGAUUCCCUGUGUGUUCAGAUCGCUGCUCUGUGUCAUGAUAUGGGUCAUGGGCCGUUCUCUCAUUUGUUUGAUGGCAUGUUCAUCCCUGAAGUCCGGCCUGACUGCAGGUGGCAGCAUGAGGAUGCGUCUGUUCAGAUGUUUGACUGCAUGAGAAAGAAAAAUGGACUGAAAGAAGUGAUGGAGUACUAUGGAUUGAAACUUGAUGAAGAUAUUGCCUUUAUUAAGGAGUUAAUUAAAGGAUGUAAAACUACAGUUGGCCAGACGGGAAGACCUGAAGAUAAAUCUUUCCUCUAUGAGAUUGUUGCUAAUAAAAAGAAUGGCAUUGAUGUGGAUAAAUGGGACUAUUUGGCACGAGACUGUCAUUAUGUUGGAAUCCCAAAUGGGUUUGACCAGCAGCGCUUGCUGAAAUCUGCACGCGUCUGUAAGGUGGAUGGGGAAAAUCACAUCUGCUUCAGGGACAAGGUGGCUGAGAAUAUUUAUGGCAUGUUUCACACCAGAUACACUCUUCAUCGUCAGGUCCUUCAGCACAAGAUUGGCUACAUCAUUGACAUCAAGAUUACAGAUGCACUCAUAAAAGCUAAUGAUAAUCUGAGAAUCGCUAAUGCCAUAGACAACAUCCUGGACUACACCAAACUGACAGAUCACCUCUUUGAUCAGAUCCUGAACCACGCAGAUCUGAAUGAAGCUCGACGCAUUCUGGAGGACGUCGUCAACAGAUGUCUGCCCAAGUUUGUGGGAGAGGCCCGACUGAAUGAUGUCACAUUAAAUGGAGAACUGCAGGACAAACUUCCAGAUCAGCCCGACAAAGCCACCAGGUGUAAAGUGUAUCAGAGAAAACUAAAGGAACACUGGAACAAUAUGAUAGAAGUCGAAACAUCUCUACAACCAGAACACAAAAAGGAAUUUGACAUUUAUGUUCUUGACAUGGGUUUUGGUGAAGUGGGAAAAGAGCCCAUUGAAAACGUUCAUUUCUACAAAAAGAACGACCAAGAUAAUGCUUUUAAGAUGGAGAAAUACCAGGUGUCCAGUCUCAAGCCAACAAAGUUUCACGAAUAUCUUGUGAGGGUGUACUACAACAAUUCUGAUGGCAGCUAUCAGAGCAUUCAGCAAGAAGCUCAGAACUUCUUUUAUCGGUGGUGCAGGGAAAAUCAAUUCAUUGAUUCUGAUCUAGAAGAAAAGGAUACUCCAGCAGAGCAGUCAACCUCAGAAAAACCAAAAAAGAUUUUCAAUGAUCCCAUUUAUGGUCAGAUAGAGCUGGAUAGUGAUCUGGUGAAGAUCAUUGACACUCCUCAGUUUCAGAGACUCAGACACAUCAAACAGCUUGGAGGAGCAGAUCGGGUCUACCCCGGAGCCACUCAUACACGCUUCGAACACUCACUUGGGAUGGCGCAUUUAGCAGGACUAAUGAUCACAUUUCUGAAAGAAAACCAGCCGGAUCUCUGCAUUGAUGACAAAGACAUCCUGUCUGUCAAAAUUGCUGCAUUGUGCUACAAUUUAGGCCACGGUCCAUUCUCUCAUCUGUAUGAGCGAUACUGCCGCAAAGCACAGGAAGAACAGGGUGAAAAUGCUCAGGAUUUAUAUUGUGCCCCGGAGAUAUCAAAAUUGAUACUACAGGAUAUUUUAAAGAAUGUAAAUCUGAGUGGUGAAAUAGAUCCCGAUUUUAUUAAGGAGUUAAUCGUUGGGGUUGAUACAGAAGCUCAAGAGUGGUCAAGUGGGUGCAGGACUGAGGACAAAGCUUUCCUGUAUGAGAUUGUGAUAAACAAAUGGAAUGGCAUUGACGUGCACACAUGGGACUAUUUUGCACGAGACUGUCAUCACCUCGGCAUCCCAAACAGCUUUGACCAUAUGCGUCUGCUGAAAUCUGCUCGAGUCUGUAAAGUGAACGAGAGAAAUCAUAUCUGCUUCAGAGACAAGGUGGCAGAUAAUGUUUAUGACAUGUUUAGGACCAAGUACACGUUGUACAGUGAUGCCUACAAGCACAAGAUUGUCUACAUUAUCGAAGAAAAAUUCACAGAAGUCCUCUCCGCGGCUGCCAAAAAGCUCACCAAGAUCUCACCAUUAACUGAAACCUCUUCACGGGCUUCUUAUGAGGAAAUGGCUGCAAAGCUGGCUAAACUGACAGAUCACAUCUUUGAGGAGAUCAUGUACUCCACUGAUGAUGGUAUGAAAGAUGCCAGGAUGAAACUUCAGGAUAUUGUGAGACGACGACUGCCAAAAUGGGUUGGAGAGAUGAGAAUAACAAAAGCGGAACAUGAAAACAAACAACUAUUCAAGGAGAAGUGGAACAAAGCAGUUGACGAAUGGAACAAACUGCAGCCCACCGUGUUCUUGGAUAAGAACGAUUUCAGGAUUGAUACGAUUCAGCUGGACAGUAGUAACAAGGAAGCUGAAAACCCCCUCAAGAAUGUCUAUUUCUAUAGUAAGAGGAACCUAAACAAAGCCUUCAAAAUGAAGACAUAUGAGGUAUCCAGUCUCCUGCCGGAUGAAUUCACAGAGUAUGUUGGUAGGGUUUACUACAAAGAGAAUUCUGACGAAGAGGAGCAGGAUGCUAAGAAGUGCUUUACUUGGUUGUGCCAUGGCAAGCCUGUGAUUGAGCUUUACAGCAAGCCAAAUUUUGAAGGCACCAAACAAGUGUUCACAGAAGACUGUCCUUCUUUUAAAUGCAGCAGUAUAACAGAGGUCCGCUCCUGUAAGGUGCAUAAUGGUGUCUGGGAAUUCUGUCAGGAUAAUGACUACAAAAAACCAUAUUGCCAGCUGAGUCAAGGGCAGUAUGGUAAAUUGGAUGACAAAAGUCCUCAUCUCUCUCUGAAACGUGUGACAUCACUUAAGAUCCAGCUCUACGAAGAGGACAAUUUUGAAGGCCUAGUUUUUGAGCUACCACAUGAGUCUCCAUUUUUGAAGAAAUUGUUGGGUUUAAAAUCAAUCCGGUCAUGUAAACUCAGUUGGGAUGAUGACUUCGAACAGCCUGAAUCCCAACAUAGUCCUGUGGUGUGCAGUUCUGGCGGAUCCCCUCUUCCUGCUCAUUCUGUUCAUUGUGUGCCAUUCAAGAUCCAGCUUUAUGCAAAGGAAAAUUUCGAAGAGCCAAUGUAUGAGACAACAGUGGAUAUUCCAUCUGUUGAGAGGUGUGGUUUAAAAGAGGUCCGCUCCUGUAAGGUGCUCAGUGGUGGCUGGAAACUCUUUAAGGGUAAUCAGUACAAAGAAUCGAUGUACCCACUAAAGUCUGGAAGAGAGUAUCCAAAUCCUCAAUCCUGGGGCGGAAACAACUCUGCUGCUCAAUCUGUUAAACGUGUUUAAAAGUAAAACCUUGCCUCAAAGUCCAUCCAUCUGUUGCCCUUGUUCAUUUUAAAUUAGGGCUGUGUACACAAACAUUAACCUAAUGUUUAAUUAUAAUUAAAAAAAAUGUCUAAUGAGUGCUUUACUCUGCAAUCAAGUAAUGUCUUUUGCAUUUUAAGGGAUUUCUUUAGAAAUUUUAGUAGAUUUACUUGUUAUUUACUUAAUUACGUGGCAUAUCAUGCAAUUAUUUAAGGGAAGCCUUGACAUGCUACAUAUAUAACAUACAUGUUGACAUACAUGUUUUUUGAUUUAGAGUUGGUAAUAUCAAAGCUUGUCUGAUGUGAUAUUUUAGCUCUUCUCAAAAACAGUGGGAUAUCUGGGCAUAAUAGUGGAUUUAUGAUAUUGCCUGAGCAGCAAUGUAGUGUUGGGUACUGAGCAUGUACUUAGCGCACCAGUUAGUGAUUGACUUAUGUGGUGAAGGGUUUAGUUUUUAUGUUUGGUCAUUGAUAGAUACAGGUGAAUGAGGUAUCAUUUAAUGUUUGUUUAUUUUGUGGGCAUUUGCUGAGUGAUUACUAUGUGAUUUAGAGAUUAAGUUUAUUGAACACUUUGAACUUUUCCUAUUGGAAGUGGGAGUUUAGUUAUAUCAUCCUUAUGUCAUUUUAGUAAUAUUAGCAUUUUAGGGAAAUAGGAUUGAUUUUCUGUUUGUUAUUCUCAUAAAUUAGCCAAAAAUA